AUGUCUUUGAAAUGCCCGACUCGUCUACCAAUUGUGUUGAGUGCUCAUAAAAAAUGGCUCGAAACUCUUGCAGCUGCUCAACAGCUUAUUGAGAAUGAUCUUGACUUGCAGGAAAAAGCGGCUAAAGGACUUUGGUUGAAGGAGAGACGGGUGCCCCCAGAAGUUCUAGGUACAAUCUACGCUGAAUACUGCGACCUUAUCAAUAAAAUGUACGAGGCGUAUCUAACUAGUGUCCAUUUACAAAGAGCGCCGUACAUACUGAAUAUUAUUAGCGUUUUUAUGAAACGUUUAUAUGAGUUGCGUAACGAACUGGUUCAUCUCAUAGUUAACGAUUACAUUUAUGUUGAUGAUGCCCUAAUAAUAACUAGACGUACUCCAUUCGAUAUUCAGGAUUACGUUUCUCAAAAUGUAUUCGAUCAAGACACUGACUUUCCAGUUGUGGCGCCUGCAAAUCCAUUUAUUUCCGAAGUGAAAACAAUUGAAGAAAUCAGCGAACACACAAUAUACUCAGAAGAUUAUCUUCAUGCUAAUAUAAUACAGAGACAGGAGAGGUUUCGACGGUUUUUCAUAGAAGACUUUAUAGCGAAAGGUAAGAGGCAACGCGUAUAUUUCGCUGAUACUGUGAAAGAAGCGCCAUUGUUUAUGAGAAUAUCGGCAGCCAUCUUGAUUCAAAAAGUUUACAGGAGGUUUAUGCAAGUAAAGCGAGAACGUGUUAUCAACACAAAAAGGGAUAUUUUGUUAGGCCUGCUCCCGGACCCUUUUAGUAAAGGAUUCAGUUUGGAAGAGGAAAAUAAUAAGAUGUAUGAACGUAAACGCAAUAUUCGCUCGAGACUUAAAGAAAAAUAUGACAGGGCGUUUGAAAAGGAGAACAUAAGACUUAUUCUAUUUAAGAAGGAUCAGCAGAUUCAUGAUAUAACUGAGCAUGUGAGGACUUGGUUCAGCGAAUGGUUUUAUGGCUACGGAUUCUUUCCGGAUUACCCUUAUGAUGCUGAAGGUGGAACACUAAUGGUGAUACGUGGUGAUUAUCCGACGAUACAGGAGAAGAAGGAAGAUGAUGAGAAAUAUUUUGCGAGCAUUAAAGGAAAGACAAAAGAAAUGCUCAAAGCGGAAGCUAAGCAAGCUAAAUUAGACGCGAUCCAGAAGGACUUAGCAGCUAAAGAACAGAAGAAGAAGGAAGCAGAACAGCUCUUCCGCCUGCGGUGUAAUCCGCUAUCCGAUCCUGGCUACCAACCUAACACUUCUCUUGUCAUGACAGAUGUUGUUGAUGCAAUGCAAAAAUACCAAGCGGCGUGGUCUCUGUACGAUGACUUUCCACCAUACGAGGUUCCAGAAGCCUACUUCGGGUACAUGCAGGCUAUAUUAACGGAGGACAUCAUGGGGCAGAUCCACGUGGACUGCAGGAAAUAUGUGGAUCAAUUAAUGAAGUUAGACUUGAAACUGCUCAUCAAAGCACAACAAGAUAUGUACAAGCUGGUCGGAUGGAAGUUUCCCAAACUGCCGUCGAGGAAGAAACCAAAGGUCCAGCCUGUUCCCAAGCCUUUGAAGAUCAAUGAUGCGCUGUUGGAGAGUUUCCACCGAAUAUUCGACCUCGGCCUAAUUUCGAAGCCAACUAGCAAACUAAACGAUAUCAUUGGAGAUUUCAGUUACUACGCGUAUGACGUUAAUAUUAGGGACCCGGAUGCCAAGUUUCCCUCGCCUGGUUACGCUGACGUAAAACGUAGAUUGACACUGUCUUGCAUUUACGGUUCGGGGAUCGAGCCCGGUGCGGUCAGGAAUCGAGCUGUGAUGUUGCUAGGACCGCAGAGGAAUGGAAAAUCAUUUCUAGUGGACACUGUUUGUGGUGAAUUAAAUGCAGUUAAAAUAGACAUAACUCCUGAGUUAUUCAGCGCCCAAAUCGACAAACCAGCCAAGGCUUUGACGGAAGUGUUUUUGGCGGCAAAGGCUUUUCAACCUACCGUCAUUUAUAUGAGGAAUAUUGAGAGGGUAUUUUGUAAAAAGGUUCCACCCGAAGACAAAUAUUUACAAGCAAAGACGCUUGCCGCUCCGCUGAGUAAACUCGUAAAACAAGUGCUUCCGAACGACAAGAUAAUUUUUAUUGCUACAUGCUCAAAUCCCCUUGUAGCUCAAACGAAGCCAAUGGUAUCUUUAUUCGAUGAAAUAAUAUUAGUGCCGAGGACGGACUACAACAGCCUCCGGACAUUUUUCUAUGACCGACUGCAAAAGAUUAGAAGCAUGCCUCGUGAUUAUUGCGUACAAGCAUUGGCCCAUGUCCUCCAGGGUUACGGGUUCGGAGUCAUUAUCGAAGCUUUUAACAGGGUUCUCACACCCGAAAGGAUAGUCAAACUGAAUGUAACCCCACUCUCCCCUGCGGAAUUCUUGGACCUUAUUUUUGCAAUAGGGGUUGAAGCCACGAGCAUUGAAGACUAUAAACAAUAUGUCGAUUUCUACAUCGCCAACUCGCCCUUGGCAACUGAGCGACCGGAGUUCGAAAAAAUAAAUAGCAUAAGAGCUAUACUUUACGAGAAGUUGGCGAAAGCGGCGAAAAGCAAGCGAAGUACAAUUAUGUGA